AUGUCUGAAAAUCGUCGCAACGUAAAAAUACAACCAGCUCACGUGCGUUUCCAUGGAGUCCCUGAGAGCAGUUGGAAUCUGGAUAAAAUGCCUUUAGCACUUUUAGAACCUUCCUUAUACUCCCGAGUGAAGGAAUAUCAAGAAAAAUUGAACAAUCAAGACGGUGUUCCUAAUUCAUUAGUUACUUCUGGCAAAUAUUACUUCAACGACGAUCGUUUUCGACCAACUAAUUCACUUUUUGAGUCUGUAAUUCACGAGCUUCAAGACUUACCUGGAAUAGUAAAUCCUGAUCCGUUAAAAGUUCACGAAGAAAACCAAACUUUAACGAUGGAAGAAUUAACGACUGCUGUCAUUAACGCCGUUGAAGCAGAAGAAGAGCCUGAAACGACAAUUCCUGGCUUGCAUUUGCUCAAAACGAAUAAGGAAAUAAUCGCUGAACCGGACAAAGAUGCUGUUUAUAUCAAAGUUUUGAUAACUGAAACGGAGGAUAUUGUCCUUUACGAAAGUCCGAGUUUGACAAUUUUGAAGGAAGAUGCGGAUUUGCUCGAAAAACAGGAAGAAGAAGAACGGCAACGAAAGUUGGAAGAAGCGAAGAAGGAAAAAAGUCAGGAAUCGGCAGUUGAAGCCCAAACUUCAACGAUUUUAUACAAAACUAAAGCUGCGAACACAGAUCGCAUCAAAAAAGUCGAUCAAAGCUCAUUUGUGUCAAAUUACGACAUGUGGGACACUUAUGCGGAUCUCGAGGCAUCCACGAAAGAAGUCAGCUUGGAUGACGAAGAAACUACCGUUGAAAUUACGACAUUCACGAAAGAUGGCGCUGAGAAUCCCGAUCACUUUUUAGAUGGAAAUAAAAAUUUCAAAAAGUCCGCCAUGAUCAUCGAACGACUUUUGGCGGGAAAUAUCUUUGGAGAUCGUCAACGACGCUUUCGAAACUUCAAAUUACCUGAUCCCUACGUGAAAGACGUGAAAUAUUUGUAUCGUUUAGACACAUUAUGGGUCUAUAAAGUCCCCGAAUUGAUGGGAAAAGCUGUCGCCAGUGCAAGUUGGUGUACGAGAAAUGGCGACAUUUUGGCUGUCGCGUAUGGCGUUUAUGGAUUUACGCCGCAUGAACAACGAAAGUUAGGUUAUGUGUGUAUCUGGAGUAUAAAAAAUCCCGUAAAUCCGGAGAGGAAAUAUGUUUAUACGGCUCCCGUGACAGCAGUGAGGUUUUCGAAGAAGAGUCCGCAGUUGUUGGCAGUUGGAUUGUACGAUGGGAGAGUUGAGAUUCGAGAUAUUACGCAAGAAGAAGGUCCGCCAAUUGCGAAAAGUGAUCGAAAGACGUCGCCUGGGUUUGAGCCUGUUAUGCAAAUUGAAUGGGUUGAUACUGCCGACGAAAAAGAAGUAAUGCUCGCUGCUUUUCUCGACGGAACAAUCAUGAAAUACACAAUGAUCACGGGCACACAUCUCUUGGGUCAAAAACAGAUGACUCUCGAUCGCGUUGAAGGCGUCGUCGAAGGUUUAGCAAUCGCCAAGAAGAAAACUUUUCUCGAAGCAGAUCGUCAUCCACAAGCUUUGUGCUUAAAAAUGCAUCCGCAACGCAAAGAAGUCUAUUUCGUGGGCACUGACGAAGGUUGUUUGCAUCGCUGUUCCAUCUACUUUUCGCAUCAACAUACGGGCGUCAUGCAAGCGCAUCAAGGCGGCAUUUACGCCAUCGAAUAUUCGCCAUGGAGUCCCAAAAUUUUCCUCACAUGCGGCGCUGAUUGGAAACUCCGAAUUUGGACCGAAGAGAUUUUUGAACCGAUUUUGGAGCUGAGUCACGAUCAAGAGCCCUUUCAAUGCGCCAUGUGGAGUCCCAUCCAUUCGACAAUUCUCGCAACGUGCACUCGUAAUUCCGUGCAAUUGUGGGAUUUGCGACGCAAGAACAUGAAACCGGCUUCGGAACACAACUUUGAUUCGACAAGCACGUUGACGAUAAUUAAAUUUAGUAAUUGCGGAAGGUCAAUUGUCGUUGGAGAUGCAGAUGGGAAGGUGCAUGUGUGUGCCUUGGAAGAUAUGCCAUUUACGCCACAUUUUCAGUAUGAUGAGUUGGAAGCAGCGUUGAGCAGAAUUUUAGAAGCAAAUGAAAAUUUGCACAAGCAAUUUAAGGAGUUGGGUUACUUGGGGUAUUAA